UCUCUCCUUCUGCUUUGGUUGAGGAAAGCUCGGAUUUUUAUUGGGUUGGAGCAAGAUCAGAUCUUUCCUCUGUUUCGUUGAAUAAAGUUCAAAUCUUUGUGUGAGUUGGAGAAAUAUUGAAUCUUUCCUCUGUUUGGAUGAACAAAGUUCGCAUCUUUGUGGGAAUCGGACUUGGAUUCAUGUUUUUUUUCUAAGAAAAAAUGGAUAUCGAGGUUUCCGGAUAUUUGUUAUGGCGGCGGGCAUGAUUACUGAAACUGUCAGCAACACAUGGCCUUUUAUCGGAAAUGGGGUCCCUUGGCAAUCUCUGUUUAUAUUAAUGUGAAUAUUAUCAGGAUUUCGAGUCGCUCUGUGGGUUCUUUGUCUAGAUUCAAUUUCAAAAGGGAGGAUGAUAAUUUCUGGUUGCGAAGAUUGGAUCACAAGGACUGGCUUUCACCGAAUGAGGUCUUGAAGAUAUUCACUAACUUGAGAGACCCUGAGUUGAUUAUGGAUUCAUUCAAGAAGCUUUCUGGUCGUAUGGACUAUAAACCGAGGGAGGCCUUAUAUCAAUUGCUGAUUGAUAAACUUGCUGAUGCACGAAACUUUGGUGCCAUUGACGAACUAUUGGAAACUGCUAAAUUUGAGAAUUGCAGACUUUCAGAUGAGUUCUUCUAUAGGGUGAUCAAAAUUUAUGGGAAUAUAGCAAAUCAUCUUGAGCGAGCCAUUGAGACGCUCCUCAGAAUGCCAGAAUUUCAUUGUUGGCCGACGGUUAAAACUUUCAACUGUGUACUUAACAUGCUAGUGUGUGCCAAGCAGUACGAGAUCAUUCAUGAGGUCUAUUUGAGCGCGCAUAAAUUGGGUGUUAGCCUCGACACAUGUUGCUUUAACAUUCUUAUCAAAGGUUUGUGUCAGUGUGACAAAUUGGAUGCUGCCUUUUCCUUGCUCCAUGAAAUGCCAAAACAAGGUUGCCGCCCUAAUGCAACUACUUAUUCGACACUGAUGCAUGCUCUCUGUAGGAACGGCAGGGUAAAUGAAGCAUUUGAGAUCUGCGAGAGAAUGGAGAGCGGAGAUUGUUAUCCGGACACCAUAACAUUUAAUGUUCUGAUUUCUGGUCUUUGUAAACAAGGGAGAGUCACCGAGGGGUUGACUUUUUUAAAGAAAAUGAAGCUCAAGGGAUGCUCUCCGAAUUCGGGAACUUAUCAAGCUCUUCUCUAUGGAUUGCUCAGCUCAAAAAAAUUUCUAGAGGCCAAGGAUUUUAUUGGUGUGAUGAUUACUGAAGGUAAAUGUCCAAGUUGUUUGUCAUAUAAGUUGGCAAUUGAAGGCCUUUGCGGUGAGAAUCUGUUGAAUGAAGUAGAUGUGGUUUUAAAGCAAAUGGUUUAUCAAGGAUUCGUUCCUCGGAUGGGCACUUGGAAGAAGAUUGUUGAGUGUAUGUUUCAAGAGAGAGAUUUUCACCAGUCUAUCAACUUGUGCUUGACUGGUUAAACUCGCAGACACGAGUCAUGAAUGUGAUUCUGUAGCCUGUGACGUGAAGAUUUGGCUGGUCACGUAUUGAUUGGACUUUGGGCUUUUUGAAGGCAUAUUAUCUUGCUGAUAAAAAGUUUGGUGGUGAUCUUUGUGCAGAAUCAAUCUCACCGUUGAUUUUGGGGUGGCAUGAAUGUGAGUGAUUCUUUCUGCAAUUGAGACAAUUGCAGAAUGGCCAUGGAGACCCACAAGGUAAACUCUGAACUCCUCGAUAUGAAUGCCGAAUAGUCAUGUUACAUACAGAGGCUGUAGUUAAUGAUAUGGACCAGAGAUGAUGGCAGACCAAAAUGUACAUGAUCACUGGUGGCUACUAAAUCCUGACUGAUCAUCCCAUUGAAAACAUCUUAAGCUCAACCGGAGCAUACAUUCUUGGAAGCUACUAUGCCAACUGUUUCGGGCUUAAGAUUAAAAAUUAAAAACCAAGAAGGUUUGGGUAUAUUAAGAUGUGGAAUACUUAAUUAAUUACUUUUAUUAUUUGAAAGUCUUCAAUCAUGUUACUUUCAUUUAAACAUUUGUCUUCAUUUGAUUUUCGUAUUAUUACUGCAAAAAUUCAAGCAAAUAUUUAGUUUAUUAACAAUCUGUAGCAUAUGUUUGGAAAUUGUAUUUUUCACAACAUAUCUGUGAUAUUGUCAUCCCUACUCACACUUGAAAACAUAAAUUAUAAGACUAUCUAAACAAACUCAUCCAAAA